GCGUGGCCUGGCGCGCUCCGUCAAGGGCGAGGCCGCGGGUUCGAGUCCCGGUUCCGACGGCGGCCAUGAGCGCGGCGCGGCGGGUCGUGCUCUUCGACCUCGGCGGGGUCCUCCUGGCGCCGGGCCUGCGGCACUUCCUGGGCUGCUGCGAGCGGGAAUUCGCCCUUCCCAGGAAUUUCCUUUGGAAUGUGCUGCUUUCCGGGGGGUCUGAGAGUCCCUAUGGCCGAGCCCUGAGGGGGGAGAUCCCCCUGAGCCAGCUGUGCCGGGAGGUGGACGAGGGCUGCCGGAGGGCGGCCUCUUCCUCGGGAAUGGCAAUUCCCAAAUCCUUCUCCGUGGGAAGAGCGUUCCGGGAGCUGGAGGAGCAGGGAAGGGUCAGCGUCCCCAUGCUGAGGGCGGCGGCCAUCCUGAGGAGGAACGGAUUCCGGACCUGUGUCCUGGCCAACCACUGGCUGGACGACGGCGAGGGCCGGAUCCGCAGGGCCCGGCUCAUGGAUCUGCUCCGGAGGCACUUCCACCUGGUGCUGGAAUCCUGCCGGCUCGGGAUGGCGCAGCCGGAUCCCGGGAUCUACUCCCGCGCCCUGGAAGAGCUGCGGGCGGAGCCGCGGGAGGCCAUCCUGCUGGAUGAGGUCCCGGAGAACCUGGAGCCGGCGCGGGAGUUGGGAAUGGCCACGAUCCUGGUCCGGGACGUGGACGCGGCGCUCGCCGAGCUGGAGCAGCUCUCGGGGCUCCAGCUCCGGAGCCUGGAGGAGCCGAUCCCGACUCCGUGCGAUCCGUCCGACGUCGCCCACGGAUACGUCCCCAUCCGGCCGGGGGUGCAGCUGCACUUUGUGGAGCAGGGACACGGCCCCGCCCUCGUCCUGUGCCACGGCUUCCCGGAAUCCUGGCGCUCCUGGCGCUUCCAGAUCCCGGCGCUGGCCGACGCCGGAUUCCGGGUGAUCGCCCUGGAGAUGAAGGGAUACGGGGAAUCCACGGCCCCGCCCGAUAUCCAGGAAUAUUCCCAGGAGCGGAUCUGCCAGGAUCUGACGGUUUUCCUGGACAAACUGGGAAUUCCGCAGGCGGUGCUGGUGGGCCACGACUGGGGCGGGGCCGUGGUUUGGAACAUGGCCCUCUUCCACCCCCACAGGGUCAGGGCCGUGGCCUCUCUGAACACGCCGUACCGCCCGGCCGAUCCCGCCGUGGAUAUCCUGGAGAAGAUGAAGGAACAUCCCGCCCUGGAAUACCAGUUCUACUUCCAGGAGCCGGGAGUGGCGGAGGCGGAGCUGGAGAAGGACAUCGGCCGCACCCUCAAGGCCCUGAUCCGCUCCACGCACCCGGAGGAUCGUCUCCCCCUCGGCCUCACCUUGCAGGGGAUCCUGGAGCGAGGUCGGCCGGGAUUUGGGAUGGGGGAGCUGGGGGGCUGCCCCCGCUAA